AUGUAUCUUCAAAGCUCAGUUGCAUUGUCCCUCUUGGCCUCCUUGGCCGCAGCUCAAGCCCAGACCCCUGGGGCCAAUGUGGUGGGAUCGGUUGGUCCGGCGCCACGGCUUGCGGUUCUGGCUAUACCUGCACCCAUCUCAAUCAAGCCGGCGGGUUCGUCCUCUGCCGCCUACCUCGACGACGGCGCGGGCGCGGGUCAGUUCAACGUGGUGGACGGCCAGCUCGUGUUCAAUACCGGAGGCACGCCGCUCUACAUGCACGUCGAGAACCCGACCGACAAGACGCAGCGGGCGCUCGAGACGUGGUUCGAGGCGACGCCGGGCACGUACGGAAAAUUCGCGUUCCAGGGUGACACGCUGACGUGGAGCGUGUCGGAUAUCAAGAGGCAGAACGAGGCGGCGUGGUACGUGUGCGGAGAGCAAAAGGUGUACAUCAACACUGGCGCCUACCUGUACCAGACCCCGGCGGGCUGCGCGGACCAGACCAUUCACUCGUACGGGGUGCCACGGCGGAUUUGUAGUCGCUGA